AUGGAAAAAAAUAGACAGAUGGCGCUACAGGCAACUCUCAUUCCACUGAAGACGUAUUCGAUAUCAAAGGCAAAGGUCAGGCAAUCAUCUGAAAGAAUACAAUCCAGUAUAGGAGCCACACAAUGGAUAUUAAGCGGUUCUUCACACAUCGAAGAGAUUGAAGAGGAUUACAGUUCAUUGGCAGAGGCUCACUACGAAUUUACUCCAUUCCAUGAAUUACAUGCACACAUAGGUUCUGACAAAGAAUUAGGCAUCUCUUUAUCGACAAAGACAGGUUCAUCGCUGAUUAUAAAUCCAACAUUCCAAAAACUAUGCCAUUUUACUGAAUGGGUGCAGUCAUGUACUGAAAUGCUUCUGCAGACCAUCGUUUCAAAGGAUUAUGUAUUGAUUAACUCAACUACCACUUCUUGCACUCCACAAAACAACUUGAUUCCUAUAAAACAUAUAUUGGAACACCUUUCUUCAACGAUCGAACAGAAGGUGGAGAUGAUUGGCUUACACGAGAGAAGAUUGAGGAAGUGCCUGUCAAAAUUGAAAGGGACAGAAAAAGUAGAAGUGGAUGGCAAUAAUCAGAAAGUAAUGGUGACAGGUUAUGCACAUAGAAACAAAAUACUAAAAGCAGUAAGGAGAGCUGGCCUCAAAGCAGACUUCUGGUCUCCACAAAAUGAUCUACUCAAUGCAUAUGCCUAUGGAAGCUUAAGAUUCAACAACCUCAACUUCUAG